UAUACAAUAUCAUCCUCUUUGACUCAUAGUAGCAUGAGACCUGUCAAGCGUCUCAUGUGAAAAGUUUGGGACGAAAUUAAUAUUAAACAAAGGUAUUAUGCGCAAAGUUUUUAGGUGCAAAAAGUACUAUCCACAAUAUUUUAAAAAUGUAAAAACAAUAGCCUGGUACAUUUACUAUACAUUCUAAACAAACACCCAAAUGUGCUCAAACCGAGGUCUAGUAGACAGAAUAGAAUGCUGCAUGGAGGAUAUUGUCGAGUGCUUCGAGGACUACAUUACUAAAUCAUUGAUAGCGCUCUCGGUCGCUUUGGGAAUCAUAGUCGCUAGCGUCGUGUAUCUGUUGAAGAUUGUUUCAGAGCGAACACUUGAAAUCAGCCCUUCGUCAGCCAGUUCAAACAGUAUCCAAUAUCGUCGAAACGACAUUAGAAAUACACGUUCAAACAGGCAAGCACAGGGUCGUAGACAACUGCUGGUGGACGGAAAACCGUCAAAACCACGAAGAGAUAACGUAAAAGAUAAUUAUUUGAUGAUUGGCAAACAGGACGAGCAGGUAUUGACUACACCGGGACUAAAGAAUGUUCGCAGCAUCCCCAGUUUUGAUGAGAGCGUGUUGAGGGAAGUUGGGCUGUCUUGUUGCGCGAAGCCUUGUUGUCUCUCUAAAAAGAAGUCAAAAGAGUCAAACCAAGUGAAGCAACUAUUACAACAAAGACAACAAGAUACCAGAAGGCCAAGACAGAGAUCAAUAACUCCUAUUAAGAAUCGAUCGCGCUCGAAUAGUCCUAAACGUAGUUUACAGUCACUUCCAAUAUGUUCCAAGUCCAGCAGCAAGGGUUCCUGUUGUUCUAUGUGCCUGAAAAAAGAGUCCUGAUUAAUUUAAUGUAAUAAUAAUUAGCAAAAUUCAAAGCACUAUUCUUCUAUGUUUGCAAUA